AUGGCAAGCGCCUCGACCGAGGGGAAGGGCAAGAUCUUGCUCAAAGAUUCGAGUCUGUACCGACCAGAUCUCAUCGGUCCGUACGUUGACGAUCUCUUCGCCUCGCCACUGUUUCCUCGGGUCGAGCUCGACAAGCUCCUCGACUCUCCGCCUCGGUCCGAGGCAGCCGUGACCAGGCUGACCAAGGAGGAGACGGACCACGUAAUAACGACGCUCGCCGCCCUUUCUGCUAUGGCCUCGUCGUACAAAGAAAAUUCCGGUCCCGACAAGGAGAACGAAGAGCUGGAAGCCAGGCUCCGUUUGGGGCUUUGUCGCUUGCUGACGUCGGGGCACGAGGUCGAGGCGAGGAUGGACCUGGACAUGGUCAGGGACCAACUCUAUCGCAGAAAGAUUGCUCGAGAGAAAGUAUCGCUUCGGGCAGGAAGUACAGAGGCAUGGGGAGAAGGAAGGACAGAACAAGGAAGUGGAAGGUCAGAGAAAGAGAUGCACAUGACCAUCAAGGCGCUCAAAGGCCUCGAGAUAGCUUGCAUUCGCAUGGGAAAGGAUCAGGAAGCAGGCCGAUACAGGCGGUGGAGGGAGCAGCAGCGAACGGAUGCCCCGCACACAGUAUAG